AUGUUGUCACCAACCGCUGCCGCAGAACAAAAUGAUAGAGCAAGAACUUAUCGCCGUCACAGAAGAAUGUCAUCCCUAAGCGAAUUUAAUGAUCCAUUCUCAAACGCUGAAAUAUAUUACGGCCCAAUCACUGAUCCAAGGAAACAACCAACAAGACCAUUCUUAUCUUCUUCAUCUCAAGGUCCAAACAACUCCAGUGCUCCCUCUAUACUUGCAAACAAAAACACUAUAAGCUUCCCCGGAUCUCUCACAACAACAACAACAACAACAAAGAGUUCCGCCGCUUCAACAUCUCCAACUUCUCCCACUACUGCUCCACCACCACCUCUUACCUCAUCUCAAACUGCCGCUCUAUUAUCUUCAAGAAAAUUAAACAGAACAAGAACAAUGAGUGUCUUUGGUAACGUCUCAGAUUUCAAAAAAGGUUCCAUAAACGAAUACAACUUGAAACGUCGUGGUUCAGAAGAUGAUUCAUACCUAGCAGCAAAAGGUAACAGAAGAUUCUUUAUAGAAGAUGUAGAUAAAACUUUAGAAGAACUACUAGCAAGAGAAGAUACUGACAAAAAUUAUCAAAUCACCAUUGAAGAUAAAGGUCCUAAAGUUAUUAAAAUCGGUACUGCUAAUUCAAACGGGUACAAAUCUGUUAACGUAAGAGGAACAUAUAUGAUCUCUAAUUUGUUACAAGAAUUAACCAUCGCAAAAAGUUUCGGAAGACAUCAAGUCUUCCUAGAUGAAGCUAGAUUGAAUGAAAAUCCAGUCAAUAGAUUAUCAAGAUUGAUCUCAAACCAAUUUUGGAACACUCUAACAAGAAGAGUUGAUUUAUAUAGUGUCGGAGAAAUAGCAAUGGAUACAAAGAUUGAUGCUCCAGGAGCAAAAAAUCCAAGAAUUUAUGUCCCAUAUAAUUGUCCCGAUCAAUACGAAUUUUACAUUCAAGCUUCUCAAAUGAAUCCAUCUUUGAAAUUAGAAGUGGAAUAUUUACCAAAGGAUAUAACUCCUGAAUACGUUAAAUCUUUGAAUGGUACUCCAGGGUUACUUGCAUUGGCAAUGGAGGAACAUUUUAAUCCAUCCACUGGUGAAAAAUCUUUAAUUGGAUUCCCAUAUGCAGUACCAGGUGGUAGAUUUAAUGAACUAUAUGGUUGGGAUUCAUACAUGAUGGCUUUAGGUCUUAUAGAAAGUAAUAAAGUUGACGUAGCAAAGGGGAUGGUAGAACAUUUCAUUUUUGAAAUUGAACAUUAUGGGAAAAUAUUAAACGCAAAUAGAUCUUAUUACCUUUGUAGAUCACAACCUCCAUUCUUAACUGAUAUGGCAUUAGAAGUCUUCAAGAAAAUUGGGGGGGAUAAUAAUCCAAAUGCAGUGGAUCUUUUGAAAAGAGCAUUCAAAGCCGCUAUAAAAGAAUAUAAAUCUGUUUGGUGCUCUGAACCAAGAUUAGACCCAAUAACUAAACUAUCAUGUUAUCAUCCAAAUGGAUUAGGGAUACCACCAGAAACUGAACCUGAUCAUUUUGAUACUAUAUUAUUACCCUUCACAAGGAAAUAUAACGUUUCAUUAGAAGAAUUUAGAGAAAUGUAUAACGAUGGGAAAAUUCAUGAACCUCAAUUAGAUGAAUUCUUUUUACAUGAUAGAGGUGUUAGAGAAUCGGGUCAUGAUACUACAUAUAGAUUUGAAGGUGUUUGUGCAUAUUUGGCCACUAUCGAUUUAAACGCCCUUUUAUAUAAAUAUGAAUGUGACAUUGCCGAUGUCAUUGAAAAAUAUUUCGAUAAUAAAUUCCAUGAUACAAAUGAUGGUACUACCACAAAUUCAGAACAUUGGAGACAUUUAGCCAGCAUAAGACAAAAGAAAAUUAAUAAAUAUAUGUGGGAUGAAGAAUCUGGAUUCUUUUUCGAUUAUAAUGUGAAAGCUAAACAAAGAACUUCAUAUGAAUCUGCUACAACAUUUUGGGCCUUAUGGGCUGGUUUAGCCACAACUGAACAAGCAGAAAUCAUGGUGAAAAAGGCUUUACCCAAAUUGGAAAUGUUAGGUGGUCUUGUAGCAUGUACCGAGAGUUCAAGAGGUCCAAUUUCAAUUAAUAGACCAGUAAGACAAUGGGAUUAUCCAUUUGGUUGGGCUCCUCAUCAAAUAUUGGCAUGGGAAGGUUUAUCCAACUAUGACUAUAAAGAUAUAGCAACAAGAUUAUCAUAUAGAUGGCUUUAUAUGAUGACAAAGGCAUUUGUGGAUUAUAAUGGGAUCGUUGUAGAGAAAUAUGAUGUGACAAGAGGUGUGGAUCCACAUAGAGUGGAAGCUGAAUAUGGUAAUCAAGGUGCUGAUUUUAAAGGUGUUGCCACUGAAGGGUUCGGUUGGGUUAAUGCAAGUUAUUUAUUAGGCUCCAAAUAUAUGAAUAAUCAUGCAAGAAAGGCAUUAGGGACAUGUAUUCCUCCACAACCUUUCUUUAACAGUUUGAAAGGUGAAGAAAAAAAAUUAUACGGUCUUUGA